CCGCGCAGGCGCGGUAACGCUCUCUCCUGGCAAUAAGAUGGCGACUGUCAGAAUGUAUUCUGCUCUGUUGUCGUUUUUACUUUUCAACGUCUUCUGCAGCCUCGUCUCCGCCUUGUACUUCCACAUCGGGGAGACGGAAAAGAAAUGUUUCAUAGAAGAAAUCCCAGAUGAGACGAUGAUCAUCGGAAACUAUCGGACUCAGCUGUACGACAAACAGAAAGAGGAAUAUCUCCCGGCUACGCAGGGUCUAGGCAUGUUUGUGGAGGUCAAAGACCCUGACGAAAAGGUGAUUCUGUCUCGACAGUACGGCUCCGAGGGAAGGUUCACCUUCACGUCUCACACACCCGGGGAACAUCAGAUCUGCCUUCACUCCAACUCCUCUAAGUUCUCCCUCUUUGCUGGAGGCAUGCUGAGGGUUCACCUGGACAUUCAAGUCGGCGAGCACGCCAACAACUACGCUGAGAUCGCCGCCAAAGACAAACUGACCGAGCUGCAGCUGAGAGUGAGACAGCUGGUGGAGCAAGUGGACCAGAUCCAGAAGGAGCAGAACUACCAAAGAUACCGCGAGGAGCGCUUUCGUCAGACCAGUGAGAGCACCAACCAGCGCGUCCUCUGGUGGUCCAUCGUCCAGACCCUCAUUCUGGUGGCCAUCGGCAUCUGGCAGAUGAAACACCUAAAGAGCUUCUUCGAGGCCAAGAAGCUAGUCUAAAUCUUUCACUGCGUGUAGAUUUAUGUAUGUAUGUAUGUAUGUAUGUAUGCAUGUGUGAAUGUAUGCAUGUGUGAAUGUGUGAAUGUGGGUAUGUAUACAUACAUGCAUGCAUGUGUGUUUGUAUGCGUAUCUAUGUUUGCGUGUGUAUGUAUGUAUGUAUGUAUGUGUACAUGUGUUUGUAUGUAUGAAUGUAUAUUUGUAUUUACCCUAUGAAGUGAUUGAGUAGAGCGCCGUGGCAGCACAUGACUUGCAGAGAAGUUACUGGAACCUUGCCGAGACGAUGACAGACAAGUGGUCAGGCGAACUAUUUAUUGACGGCUUUCGCUCUGAAGUCGAGCCGAAACGUCGUCGCCACACGUUCCGUUGUUUUUAUACACCCCAUAUUUGCUCUCUGUGACGACGCGCCUGCAGUCCGCCAUCUGCUUCGAUGACCGCUUGUCGCAAAUUGUCGUCUUAGUGACGCACGCGUCGCCCCGUGGGAUUUCUUUUAAAAAAAGACGGCAACAUGGUUUUAGCCUGUGAAGAUCACGAGAGAUUAUCUUACCGAGUGCACGUGGACUUGUUUUAAACGACUCUUUAACAAUCUAUGCAGUGUUUACGUUCAUCAGUGUGUAGAAGGGGGGGUCACGUUUCUGUUACUUGUGUCCCACUUAAGAAAAUGUACAAUUUUGAAUGACGGGCUUGAAAAUAUUUUUCCAAAAACUGCACUCGCAUCAACAUCUGUCCCAUUUGUUUGUGUCCACAGUUCGCUUUAUACUUCCAUUGAAAAUUAAAAACCUGUUUUUAACAAUAUUUUGCUUUCACUGAACUACAAUUUGAGAAUAAAUCUGACUGUAAAACAACUGAAAUAAUGUUCUAAUAAAGUUUACAAGAUUUCACAAA